AUGAUAGUUGUUGAUUUUGCUGCAAAGUUUGAAGAGUUGUCUAGGUUUUUCCCGCAUUACAAUGGGGUAGGAGUUGGAGUGUACAAUGAAGAUACUCGUGCUAGAUCUGCUCCCUAUAAGAGUGUUAGUGAGAAGAAAAAUGGAAAUCAAAAUCGUGGAAAACCUUAUGGGGCUCCAGCUGAUAAAGGGAAGUGGAAGGCUUUAUAUGGGAAUGAGACAAAUGAAGGAGACACACCUGCUUCUAUUAGAUGUUUCAGAUGUGGAGGAAUAGGUCAUCAUGCUAGUAAAUACACGAGUUAUAGUCAUAAAUGUUUCAAGUGCGGAAAAACAGGACACCACAUUGCGGAUUGCAAGAGUACGUGUUUUAUUAAUGGUGUUUCUCUGAUUUCUAUAAUUGACACGGGUGCAACACAUUCAUUCAUAUUUCUCGAUUGUUCAACAAGGUUGAGUUUUGAAGUGUCUUAUAUGGUUAGGAGUAUGGUUGUUGAUACCCCAACUAAUGGUUUGGUGACUACUUCAUGGGUUUGUUUGAAUUUCCCUUUGAGUAUCUAUGGUAAGGACUUUGUUAUUGACUUAGUCUGCUUACUAUUAAGUCAGCUUCAUGUUAUCCUGGAAAUGAUCUGGUUGGAGUUCAACCACAUUCAUAUCUACUAUUUUGACAAGUCUAUGAUGUUUCCAAAGUUCAAGGUAGGUGAAGAUCAAAUGUUUAUGUAUGCUAAGCAAUUGAAGGAGUCUUUGAAGGAUGAUGCUUGCAUGUUUAUGAUGUCCACUUCUUUGAAGGCUGAAAGCAAAGUUGUGGUUUGUGACCUACCAGUUGUGUGUUAUUUUUCGGGGGUGUUCCCAUAUGAUAUUAGUGAUUUUCCUCCAGAGUAUGAGGUUGAGUUCUCUAUAGACUUAGUCACUGGUACUGGUCUUGUAAAUUGA